AUGACUCCAAAGCUCGAGGAACGCCCCGAGUACAAAUCGUACCUCGCCAUCUUAGAAGACAGAACCUACAUCCUACCCACCUACACCGACGAAGAGCGCACAAACGGCGCCACCGUCUACCUAGGCGAAGUCAAAUGCCGGUACCCCAACUGCUCGAGAGGUCUCAAGAAAACAAACAAUCUGCGCAAGCACCUCGCAUCCCACGCCGGUAUCAAGGUCAAGCCAGGCGACUCAGGCAAGCCGAGUCCGAAGGCGAUCGAUGCUGCGUUGAACUUUUAUAGUGAUGUUGUGAAGGACUAUAAGCAGCACCAGUUAAAGGAUACGCAGUAUCCCGCAAGCCCCAGUGCGGAAGCGCCCGCGGCACCUGCUGUCGCGGGACCGGGUCCUGAUUCUGUGGAAGAUCUGUCGGGGGACGACAAGGAAGUGCUAGAUGCGGAGUAUGAUACGCCGGGAAAGCUCGAGGCUAUAUACUGGGUUGCUGAUGUCAAUAGACUCGCCGAAGCCAGUGCGGAUUUGAUGAAAAAGCACCACGAGCUACUGGCAUCUAGAAGGCGGGUUCAUUUGUUGUAUAUGAAGCGCAAGUCGAAGGAUGGCGAUGCUCUGGAUCCUGCAAAGAGGCGCUGUGUUUCAUCCGCUGAGGGUCGUGAUGAGGAAGAGCUCAUCAGUUGUGCUCAUAAUAUGCUCGAGACGGUAAAGUCUGAGCAGAGUGGUGGUAUUGAGUGUGCAAUGGAGGACCUUGUUUUCUUGGAGAGGGCCCUUAGUAGUGCUACCGCUGGAACGGAUGAUGAUUGUACCACGCGUCAGCUUCUGCUUGUUUGUACUAAGUUACUUGUCAGAGUUGGUCGGGUGUACCUCAACAAUGCCGAUACUGCCCAGUCUGCUACGACCGCGACACCAUAA